AUUCGGCUGGACCGCUGCUUCCUAUCGUUGUACAGGAAGAGCUAAGUGCAGACAAAACCCUGAUGAAUAGAGGCCUGCGCAGAGUGCCUGGGGUGCAGGGCAGCCAGGGAACCACUGAGCUCGCCCUGUGGCCAGUCCUGUGUGCCCCUGCUGGAUUCUGCUUCUGUGAGGGAGGCAGCAAGGAGUUGGGACUUCACAGGUGAAAGGACUUGUCAGAUUUUGUUCAGGUUUAGCACCAGCUGUGAUGAGGGUCUUCAAGCCUCUGCUUCUUGCUGUGGAAUUGUUGCCACAGGACACAUUCCCCGAUGGGAUUACUGAGUCAGAGGAAGUGGACAUUGAGUGGCUUUCAACAGACAGGCUGUGUUGCUCUCAUGGUGUCCAUCCUCCCAUGGGUGGGCAGCCGAAUGCGUUUUGGGAGACAGCAGGUCUCGUGGAUAAUAUUUCUGAAGAUCGGAGCAGGUUGUGUCCAAGUCCAUGUUGGCCAUGACUGCAGAACGCCCCAGUGGCAGCAGGGGGCACCCUGGAGCUUUGUAUCCUCCCUCAGGCCCGCGGCAUCUCCCCUGGCUCCACCAUCCCGAGGUGCCGAGAAGCCGGGUGUCUCAGGCUUGUUUCCUCCUCAUGAGAGGUGGAGCAGUGGUUCCCAAACACGACGUUGGAAGUGUGUUAAAAUGCAGAUUCUGGGCUCGACUCUACAGCUCUCCCAGCAGCCACCUUCCCAGGUGAGCAGACCCUUGGGAAGGCAUCACCUCAAGACCCCUGCAUCCUUCCUGCAGAGUUCUGGGAUUAAGCUAAGUCCUGGGAAGAUCUGGCCUGUGCAGCCUCUGCGAUUUCCCGGGGAGGUGCCUGGGCCCUAUUCCUUGACACAUGAGGGGCAGAUGCCAAGGGCCACAGUGAACGCCGCCACCCCUGAGGACCAGGAAACCAGCAUUCAGAUCUCAGCCCUGCACAACCGCAACCAGCAUUCGGAUCUCAGCCCUGCACAACCAUCUCCGUCUCUGAGUGCGCUCCAAACCCGGCCCCAGCGUGUGGACAGUCACGGAUCUCCGUCUCUGAGUGCGCUGCAAACCCGGCCCCAGCGUGUGGACGGUCACGGAUCUCCGUCUCUGAGUACGCUCCAAACCCGGCCCCAGCGUGUGGACAGUGGCGUCCUUCUUGCACAUGCUGGGGUAAUUGAUGGCUGUAUCUGCUCCGAGGCGGCAGAGUGGGCUAGCUCCCAGCCCCAGUGA